UUCUCCUUCACCUUCCCCUCUCUCUCUCUCUCUCUGUACAUAUCUCUUACCCUUUAUUCUCCCCCCACCCUCCUCACACGCACGCCCUGAUUCUUUCCUUCUCCUCCAAACACCAUCUCCAUCUCCUCCCCCCCUCAAUUUAGGGUUUAUACCCAUGGCGAGGAGGGUGCGAAUGUGUUCUUCUUCUUCUUCUUGGAGGAGUGCGAGGACGAGGAAGAGGGAGAGAAGAGGAAGCAAGAUCGAGAUCGUCUUUCGAGGGUCGGAAUCGAGAGGCGAUGUCUUCUUCCCGCGACACGCUGGAGUACGAGCCGACGUGGGUGGUCGCCGCCGUCUGCACCGUCAUCGUCGUCAUCUCCCUCGCCGUCGAGCGCUUCAUCCAUUACCUCGGAAAGUUCUUAAAGAGAAAGAAGCAAGAUGCACUUGUUCGGGCUUUAGAGAAAUUAAAAGAAGAGUUAAUGCUUCUCGGAUUCAUUUCUCUUCUAUUAACCGUCUUCCAAGGCCUUAUUAGCCACGUUUGCGUCCCAGAAAGUUUCGUUUCUCACAUGCUUCCAUGUGAGAAGGAAAGCGCCCUGCCUACACAAGAAACUUAUGACCAAUUAGGACUUUAUAAUGGGCAGAAGUGGAAUACAAGGAGGCUCUUGUCCGAAGUAUCCGGUGCUGACUAUUGCACAAGCAAGGACGAGAAACCGUUGUUAUCACUUGAGGCAUUACACCAACUGCAUAUCUUUAUCUUUGUACUUGCGGUUGUCCAUGUUAUUUUUAGUGCUUCCACAAUGGUUCUAGGAGGAGCUAAGAUUAGACAGUGGAAGCAUUGGGAGAAACAAAUUCAGCGGGACAUCCCAAAACAGGAUAUAGAAGCCGCACAAAAACCAGCAAGUGAACACCAUGAGUUUGUCAAGGAGCGUGCAAUUGGAUUUUGGAGAAGGUCGGCUGUUGUAAGCUGGAUCAUAUCCUUCGUCAAGCAAUUUCAUGAUUCGGUCUCGAAAUCAGAUUACAGAGCAUUAAGAGCAGGAUUCAUCAUGACUCAUUGGCCGCGAAAUCCAAAGUUUGAUUUUCACGACUACAUGAUGCGUGCUCUUGAGGAUGAUUUUAAAAAAGUUGUCGGCAUAAGCUGGUAUCUCUGGCUCUUUGUCGUCAUCUUCCUGUUGCUGAAUAUAAAUGGUUGGCACACAUACUUUUGGUUAUCGUUCUUGCCUCUUCUUCUUCUGCUCAUAGUUGGUGCGAAGCUAGAACACAUAAUAACUCGGUUGGCUCAAGAGGUGGCGGAGAAACUAAACGAUAAAACACACGACGCACUAGGAGUGAGAGUGAGGCCAUCUGACGAGCACUUCUGGUUCCAGCGGCCCCGCAUCGCCCUUUACUUGAUCCAUUUCAUCUUAUUUCAAAACUCCUUCGAGAUUGCAUUUUUCUUCUGGAUAUGGACCACCUAUGGAUUUGACUCGUGCAUCAUGGAAAGUAUUGGCUAUCUCAUCCCCAGACUCGUUAUAGGCGUGCUCAUACAAGUGCUCUGCAGCUACAGUACUCUUCCUUUGUAUGCCAUUGUCACUCAGAUGGGCGGCACGUACAAAGCCGUGAUAUUCAACGAGUCCACAAAGACACCCCUGCAGGAUUGGGCCGAGGAGGUGCGGCAGAGAAAGAAAAGAUCCAGUCUGCCUUCUCUGUGGGGACUCUUUCGGCGGAAACACAAGGAGCAGAGUCUUUCUGCCACGGAGGUUCAGGUGGUGAGGAUGCAAUCGGAAUACUCCGGAAUUUCUCGUAACUUUCGUCCACCAGCUGAUCUAGGAGUGUAACAAACCUCAACAGGCGAAAACUCGAUCGCAGAAGCUGACUAGCGAAAGGGAGGCAAGAAAGCUGAGGUUUAGGACAUCUACACUGCAGAGGAGACAGUCAGUUGUAUAGGGCCGCGAAUUAUCGGCAACUAAAUGAUGCUUUUGUUUAUCGCAUAUCGCAUAUAUUAUAUAUAUAUAUAUAUAUAUAUAUAUAUA